CUUUUUUUGCAAGAAAAGGUGUAAAUAUUCCACCCUAAAUAAGGCCUUCCAAGCCCAAAAUGUUGGUAACAUCCAUCCUAAAUUGUCGAGGGUUUUAGAUGAGCGGUAACUUGGACAAUGGGAACUGAGUCACCGCCGGCAGUCUGAACGGAGUCGUCAAGAGGUCAUGGGAGACCCGAGUGAGAGUAGUAGUGGCGAGGAAGAUGGAGAUGCCGCGUGGAGAGCAGCAAUCGAUUCAGUCGCCACCACCACCUCUGCUUAUGUCUCUUCCAUUACUGAUGGCUCUUCUGACAUGGCCGCCAAACGACGUCUUGCUUCGGCCGAAGAUGGCAAUGACCGCCGGAACCACAAACCCAAGCACUACCAAAUCAAGGCACAAAAGGUUUUGGAUGAAAUCUUAGAGGAGAGUUUGGAGAUGGUGAAAGAUCAUCCUAUUCAUGAACCAGUUGCCGAAUUUAGUAAUGAAGGUGUAAUACGUUUGUUUAAGCAUUCUAGCCCUGGAAUAGAACUUGAUCCCAUCGAGGAACCUCAAGAACCUAGAAAAAGACCGAAAAUUCUUCCUGGAAAAGAAAUUAAUGAGAAAUCAAAGGAGUUCAAAAAAAGACUCCAAUCUGUUACUGUUGAUGGAGAAGAUAUAAUGGCUGCAUCAAGAAAAGCGUGCCAAAAGUCAUUGGCUAGGAUGGAAGCUAAAGAAGCAGCAGCAAAGGAAGCAGCCAAAAAGGAAGAGGAAAGAGUAGCCCAGCUGAAGAAGAUUAGAGGAGAGAGAUGGUUACCUUCUCUUGCCAGAGAAAUGCCGAUGAAAUUUCCUAUUUGAAUUGCCACCAUUAGCUGUACCAGACUAUUUUGUUUUAUGUUAUUAUUGAUAGUUUUCAUGUGGGAAAAAAGGGCAUGAAUGUGAGAUCACCACUGAUUUUCUUUUUUACAUUAAAGAAGAUUACAUUUAAAUACUCAAUUAGUUGAUAAUUGUUAGACCAAGUUUUAAUGUAAUAGAACUUGACCUACAAAAAGAUUAGUAUAAACUACAUUCCUCAUUCUAAUUUUUA